AUGUUUGAUCCUGAUGAGGUUUUUAGAAGACUGGAGAUAUCGGAUGAAAAGCAAGCGCAGCUAAAGAGGAAAACACAGAUAAUGAGCAAUUUGGAAGAAGUGUACUCUGGAAGAGACAUGUCUAAUAAACUGUUGUAUGCUCUUGCAUGCACAGCAUCUCGAAAGAUUGAUAUUGUAAAGAUAGCUGAUUUGGUUGAUAAUGGAGUGAUUAAACACGAAAGCAUGCUGAAAGAGUGUAUGAAGUAUGCAGAGCGAAUCGGUGUUAGCGAAGCGGAGCUUCAAAAGUUUGUUGAAGAGAAUGAUGUUGGGCAGGAUAGGAUAUGUGAAGAAAUAGAGAAGAUGGCAAAUGAAGGAGUGAAGAAGAAAGAGAUGAUGAUGGAAAUGAGAAGAAGAAUGCCUUGUGCGAAUUUUAAGUUGGUUUUUGAAGAGAUAAGUAAGAUUGAGGAUAAUUGUAUGAAAAUGGAUGAUGAACAGAAGAACAAAGGAACAAAUGCAGACUGGCUAGAGGAGGGUGAGUUAAAGAAGCUAUUUAAGCCUGGGGAGAAUCCACAGCUUAAUGAGAAGAUUAUGGAGGAGCACCUAAAAAGAACAGGAGGAAAGGUUGUUACGAGGUUUCCACCUGAACCGAAUGGGAUACUGCACAUUGGACAUGCAAAGGCAAUGAACCUGAGUUUUGAGUAUGCAAGAAGGAAUGGAGGAUAUACGUAUCUGAGAUAUGAUGACACGAAUCCUCGAAAGGAGGAGGAAGGGUAUUUUGAGUCGAUUUAUGAGGAUGUGAAGUGGCUUGGAUUUGAGCCAUACAAAGUGACUGCAUCGAGUGAUUAUUUUGGAAGGAUGAUGGAGUUUGGAUUUGAUUUGAUAAAGAAGGGAAAGGCAUAUGUGUGUCACUUGAGCCAAGAUGAGAUGUGUGAAAGAAGAAGAUUGUAUUUUUCUGAAGGAGGAGGAGACAGGAAGUAUCUAAGCAAAUAUCGAGAUAGAUGUACUGAAGAGAAUAUGCAAAUUUUUAAGGAGAUGAUUGAUGGAAAGUGGAAAGAAGGAGAGGCGUGCUUGCGCUUCAAGAUGGAUGUUGAUAGCAAAAAUCCAUUAAUGCUUGAUCUUGUUGCGAUGCGAAUAGUUGACGAAGUGCAUCCUGUGAAGAAGGUGAAUUUCCAUGUGUAUCCGACAUAUGAGUUUGCGCUUUGUGUUUCUGAUAGUCUAGAAGAUGUGACACAUUCUUUCUGUACAAGGGAGUUUUACACACGACAAGAGAGCUACAAUUGGCUGCUUGAUCAGCUUGAGAUAUACAAGCCUGUGCAGUGGGAGUUUAGUAGAUUGAAUAUAAGUAACACAGUGCUGAGCAAGAGGAAGCUUGUUCCACUGCAGAAGUAUGGAAUAUCUCUUGAUGAUCCCCGAUUAUUUACAAUUAAGGGGAUGAGAAGACGAGGAUUUCCAGCGAGUGCGAUCAAUGAGUUUUGCAGGAGUGUUGGAUACACAUAUGCAGAGACAACAGUUGAUGUGAGGAUUCUGGAGAAUUUUGUCAGGGCUGAGCUGAACAAGACUGCAAGAAGAGUGAUGUGUGUUAGGGAUCCAUUGAAGGUGACUAUUGUUGGAGUACCUGAAUGCAUGGUGAGAAUUCCAGAUUUUCCUGGAAGCUCUGAGUAUAGGGAUGUACGUUUUACGCCUGUGGUGUAUAUUGAAAAAUCCGACUUCCAGGAUAUUGGAGAGGAAGGAUUUGAAAGGCUUACGCUUGAUCAGCCUGUUGGACUUUACAUGUUGUAUUCAAUCAAGAUGGUGAAGGUUACGGAUGAUGGUCUAAUUGCAGAGAUGAGUGAUGCAGUGCCAAAGAAGUUUAUACACUGGGUUUCUGAGGAUUGUGUUGAUGUGGAGAUGCGAAUGUAUUCAGCGCUGUGGACGUCAUUCAACCCUAACGAGGGAGACUACAUGAAUGAGAUGAACAAGGAGAGCUUGAAGAUAUACAAAGGAAAGUGUGAUAAGCGGAUUCUUGAUUCAAAGAUUGAAGACAAGCUGCAAUUCCAAAGGAUAGGAUAUUUCUGUGUUGAUCCUGAUACAAGUGAGGAGAAGGUAGUGGUUAACCUUACUAUUCCUUUGAAGAACACUGUUUAA